AUGUCUGCAGGUUUUAGACCUGUUGCUAUGGCAACAUCAUCACUUUGGUGGCUGGUCUGUGGGACUCUUACUUCUGAUGAUGAGCGUGGAGAUUCUUUUACACAGUUCCGAUUUGCCGAAGAAAAAGAAUGGGACACAGGAAGCGUAGGCCCUAAACAGCUAUCUGCGCUUUACGUGGAUUGCCAGUCGUUGGUCCAGGCCCUUCAGGAGCUUCCUCUGCAUCUCAGGUUGAAUGUGGCUGCUGAAAUGGUGCAGGCAUCAACACCCACAGAACUCCCUCAGAUAAAAUCUAAAAGUAUUGAAGACAGCAAGAGGAGAGUGACUCAGUUACAACCACCUUUGGGUCAAAGUGGAAUAGCAUCAAUCUGUGAUCCUGUUAGUGAUUCUGUUGUCCAUUUGAUGCCUUUAAGUAAAGAUGGACCUGAAACAAAUUCUUCAGAAUCCUUUCAGAGAGGCUGUUCUGUGUCACAGCAAGAGGCAGAUAAUUUGGAUGAAGAAUUAGAUUUACUGCUAAAUUUAGAUGCUCCUGUUCAUGUAGAAAACAACUUUCUGUCAGAAACCUACAACACGACAGCUGAGAGUGAUUUGAAAAUGAAAAAUGUUCCGCUAGAGUUGGAUGUGGCUGAAGAAACGAGUUCAGCAGCUGAAGAGCAGAAAACUACAGCUAAAAACAUUACUGAGGAAGAGCUUGAAGAUUGGUUAGACAGUAUGAUCUCCUAAAGGAAAAGAACCUGCCUGAAGCCCACAUGUCAUUGUCAUGCAAGUAAUUGAAAAAUAAAUGAGCAUGGCAGAAGUUAAGUACAAAAUAUCAGUCUACAAGAACUAGGUGCUUUAUCUCAAUGAUUUAAUAUACUGCAUACCGCCUACCUUUAUUUCAGCCAAUAUUUCAAACAACACAUUUGGAUAAAAUCUAAUGAAUGUUUGUUAUUAUCCAAGAGUUCUCUAAACAAAAAGGUCUAAAGUUACAUUGAGUUCAUUAAGAAGAAUCUUGUAAUGAAAUUUGGAUUUUUUCAAAAACCUGUGCUUAUACUGUAAGGUGCAAAAUAAUACACACUGUCAGAGCAUUUGUUUUGAUUUGUAGUUGCUAUCUGUAAUUCCAAAAAAUAAAAUAGUGUUAGUAAAU